AAGAAAAGGUAACAUAGGAGAGUAUUUUUUGGUUUUUGGUCUUUCUCUAUAAAGAAAAAAGAAAAGAAAAAAAAGCUCUACUGUGGUCCUGAGAGGGGAACAAGUGCUUGAAGCGAUGUAGUCUGGAUUACAAUACAGCACCGGCUACGUGCUUGUGAGUUCAGGGGGGAGGACGCUGUGAUAUGUACAAAAUAUUGUUGCUCUUAACACAAUUUGCAAGAGACACAACAAAGCAACAUUACAUUUUGUUUAGCGAAAUCCUGAUUGAAAAAAACAAAAACACAUUACAUUUGGAAUUUAUUUGGAUUGUACUAAAAAUUAUCUGAAGAUGGCAGUGAACUACUCAUGAUGAAAUAUUGAGAUUUUUGGAUGUAACGCCUGCAGGCGUAGCUCCUUUUAAAUUUGUUAGAUCUGAUUCUGUUGAAACUGACUGCAUUUAGAUAUUAAACAUCUACAGAUAAUUUGAGGCACUAUGCAAGUAAAAUUCUUAUCAACAAGAAGCCAGUUUAGAAAUGUUGAUAUUGGAUAGCUGGGAUGUCUGUCCACGCUCCUCUUUGUGUUGACGAACAGUGGCAGGUUUGUAUUUCAGCACUUGGCUCUUGUUAGUUUUGAGAUCCUCUUUUGUCUCAUAUUUUGUUUGACGAGCCCCCAUCAAGAAAAAGCAGUCAAAGGUCUAAAUGAACUCUGUGAAAUCAGGGAAUUAUUAAGUUGGAUUCCUUUAGACGGUAAUGUCUUCUACGACCUCCUUUGUGACACUUAUUGAAACAAAAAAAGAAUUUUAUAGCUCAGAAUGUAUUGAAAUGCAAUUAAUUACCAUGCAGUCUUUAUGCUUACUGGUCUUUCUUUGAAUAAAAAAAGAAUAAAGAUGUGCAAGUUGAGAGUCUGCAUUGUUUGACUUCACUGUUAAUGCUGCUGAUUCAAACUGAACGUACAGGAAAUGAUUCAUUGCUGCUCGUGGUGCAACGGCGUCCUCUUGUGGAUGCACAGAAAGUCAUAUGAAGGCAUAAAAAGAGAGAAACCGCCUUAAAUCAACUCGGCACUUGGUUGCUUACCAAUGACUUAUUAUGUUCUUAGUACUUAUGUUUAUAACAUCAUAUGGUGCUUUAAGUAUUAAAUGAUGAAUAUUUCUGAUUAUACAUGUCCCGUAGUCCCUGUAACUAAACUAUUUUAAUAAAUCCUUUGCCAUAAAAACAAAAACUAUAUUUCAACAACAGUCAAGCGCCAAGAAAAAUGCACUAAUGAAGUUAAGACCUCCUUAACUAACAUUAAUACCCAUCAAAUGAUCUAAUGCAUUCAUCCUCCAUACAGUGCACACUAUGCAAUCAGUUUUCCUAAUUGCCCUCUAGAGGCUGCAGUCCACCACGGUUUGUCUGCUGGGGACCGCAGCUGUCAAUCAAACAGCGUCUUUAUAAGCAGCCACAGAAGCGGCAUCAUUGCGUCUCGGGAUAGACCAGGGGACAGACUGGAGCUCUGCUGUGAUUAUUGAUCGUCAAUCAAUAGCUUCUCUGAUGCAAUUGAUGUGACAGGUUUAGAUCAGGAUUGGAGGUAUCGCUAUCACUUAAAUCCUGCAACCUAGUUAACUAGUUUGUUCUCAUAUUAGCCGACUAUCUAUUAUUUUGGAAAAGAUGGAUAAGUUGAGCGGCAACAAUGUGACAGCGGUGAACAGCUCCGCCGACAAGUGGUCGUUCAACGAACGAGGCGCACGGCCACACGUGGUCCCCGAGGAGCUGAGGGUGCUGGUGCCGACUGUCCUGGGAGUCAUCUGUGUCUUGGGUGUGGCUUGUAAUCUCACCGCGAUGGUCAUCUUGUUCUCCAGCGCUCACCGGGGCAAACUGUCCCUCAUCAACUCCCUCAUCUUCAACCUGAUGUUUGCCGACGGACUGAUGCUGCUGUUCACCGUCCCGUUCAGGGCUGCCUCCUACUCCAACGUCACCUGGAACCUGGGCUGGCUGGUCUGCAAGACGGCCAACGGGUUCCUCCAGACCUGCAUGGCAGCGAAGAGCUUCACACUGGCCGUCAUGGCCAACGCGUGCCACCGAUACGUGUCCAACCCCAACAGGCAGGUGAGCAUCCGACUGGGCUCCAUCCUGGCGGUGUUCUUCUUCAUCUGGCUGUCUGCCUGCUCGGCCGCCGUCCCUCACUGGCUGUUUGCCUCGCUGCGGAGAGAGAGUCGCGGGCCGGUUUGCACGCUGAUGGUUCCCCCCGAAGCCCGGGACUUCAUGGCGGUCUACGUCAAAGCGUACCCCCUGGUCGUUUACUGUGCGCCGCUCAGCUUCGCCCUGGUGUAUUUCUGGAGGGCUUACAGCCAGUGCCAGCGCCGCUCCAGUAAGACUCCGAACCUGCGCACACAGAUCCGAUCCAGGAGGCUCACCUUGAUGUUGUUCAGCCUGACCGUGGCCAUGGCUAUUCUCUGGCUCCCCCAGUGGGUGGUGUGGGUUUGGGAGCGUCACGCCGCGGAGAAGGAGAUCGAGGGGGCUCAUCCCCUCGCCUCCUCUCUUCCCCCUCUUCUAACGCUCUCGGCUCAGCUGCUCACCUUCUCCCUGUCCCUGGUGAACCCUCUCAUCGUGCUCUCGCUCUCCGAGGAGUUCAGAGAGGGCUACAGGGGGCUGUGGAGGCGCCUCACACUGCGGAAGCAACCUCCAGCCAAGCCAAAACCCGGACCUCACAACCCUACAUCUCUCCAAUCGCCUCGCCCCAGACCAGAGACUUCUGGCCAGCCGGAGGGAGAGGGGAGCCUUCAGUCGAGGUCCGGCCGAGGUCCCUGCAGAGAGGCUCAGCCCCUGCAGGAGCGAGCAGCAGAGGGCACCGGCGACCGGCUGAGCCUCAAAGAUGGGAUUGUUCUGCCUGACGUGGAGCAGUUCUGGCACGAGAGGGAGUCUGGAUUGGACCCAGAGGAAAAUGACCCUGUGCCGUGGGAGCACCAGAAGAAAGAGGGGGAUAACUGAACCGUCCUUCGGUCGCUUAAUUCAAUCGUCAUACAGCGGCAGCUUCAAUCAGCAGACCGUUGAUUUAAGGAUUGAGGCUGCUGCUCUGUGCGGCGCCGUAAAUCAUUUGUAUUCUAUCACCUGAGUUUAUAUUGUUCAAAUGGUAAGAUGUGCAAUCAGAGUGGAAAACCAGAGCGGGCUAUACAUAUACAGAUAUACAGGUAAUAUAUAAGUAUCAUAUGUAUAUAGGAUAAACAUAAUAUACUAUUGUGUUUGUUUGAUUGUGCUUUUACUACUUCAAAAAUACAAACUAAUUCUAGUGCAGGGUGGCUUUUGGUGGUAAUGUGAAUUUAAUACACAGUAAUCUAUAUCUACUUUUAGUAGUAGUAGUGUGUGAAUUGAUAUUGGAAAUCCAGAUAUAUUGAAGUACUUGGACACACCGGUAUGUGCUGCAGGCAAUCCUCUCGGUAAAGUCUUAGAUUUUAACACCUAAAAUGUAUUAAUUACUUGUGUGCAACCAUCGUUUAAGAAAACCCUUUGGGUUUUCCUGAUGUUGAAGUAGUGCGUUUUUUAUGUAACAGUGAGUGUGUAUUUCUGCCCUGUGUUUGUGAGACAUUAUUUUGUAUUGAUUGUGCAUCAAUAACCAGUGUUUACAAUAAAGGCAAUUCUAUAAAUGUU